AUGCCAAUCGUCUUUACCAAAAGCUCAUCAACACAACUGCCUCAUCUGCAUUGUAAUUUAUUCAAUUUUGCCCUAAUUUUCAAUGUUUUUCUAUUAACUUUUUGCCUGUCGAUUGGAUUUCCGUAUCUAAAUGGCUGUCCGGUUGGUGGUGUUCCCCGAUGGGUGACAUUUUGUGGUCUUCUUCGAUGCAUUCCAAUCUUCGUUUUAAUAUUGGCACGAUUGGGAAAGGAACCACCGUUCAGCUUUCGCUACAUCUUGCUGAAUUCGAUUCCGAUUGUCUGGCACUUCUAUGGAAUCUAUUUGUUCUGUUCGAUUUGGGACCGGCUGAAAAUAAAUGACGAGAAGAGUUGCAAUUAUUGUGACGGAACCUUGAUGGUUCUUGCUAUCACUGGUUUCUUUUUGAUUUUAUUCUACGAGUUGAUCGUUGGCUAUCGUUUUGCGAGAGAGAGAUUCGCAAAUGGACCUUUUUGGAAACAGUUUUGGGAAAUGAUUACAGUCGAAGGAAACACACCACCCAUCUAUGAUUAC